GUGCAGAGAGCAGAAUAGAAGGAGGAGGAAAACAGGAGGAAGAGGGGGAAGGAGAGGGGGAGAAGAGUUGAGGGGUGGUGAGGAAGAGGAAGAUGAGGAGAUGAGGAAGACACUCCAGAUGGGAUCUUGCAUCAAUGAAAUCUCAAACCCACAGUCCAGGGGAGACAUGAGGAAGGAACCACACUGACCUUUGCCAGAGAACACAACACAGUCAAUCAUGAGCGCUCCAAUAACAACAAGCCCGAAUCUGAUGGUCUCCCAGGAGAUGGCACUGCUUAGCAACCUAAUGGCAGCUUACACUUUCAUUGCAGACCAACCUGAGCGGACAGCCCUGGUGUUUCUGGGUGGUGUGUGUGCCGGCCUCCUUGUCACACUCUGUGCCAUCGUCUUCCAGAUACAUUGUCGAGCAGACUGUAACUACGGAAACAGUAACAACCCUCACCAUCGCCACAGGAGCAGGCACCAUCACCGUCACCACCACCAUCACAGCUGUCCCCGCCAUCAGCCCGGCGUCAGUAAUCCAGAGAGCACUGCUGUUGUUGCGUCUGGAGGGGCCGGGCCUGUGGGGGACAGUGAGUCAGAGGACUGGGACGACCCGUCUGACCCGUCGGCACGACGACGCAGACGCUUUGAGAGAGCUCUGCUUCAUGCAAGCAUGUUCACAUCGGCUGAGGAGUUGGACCGAGCCCAGCGGCUAGAACAGCGGGAAAGGAUUCUCCGAGAGAUCUGGAUGAACGGACAACCUGACAUCAGCACAGUCACUCAGAGCCUCAACAGAUAUUACUGACACAUGAUCAGUCUUGAGGACAUGAAGAUGCACAGGUGGAUACAAGAUGGAAUAAAGAAAAUAAUAAACAACUGGAUGAAAGGAACAUUAUAACCAUUGGUUUGGGGGGCAGUGUCUGCCCAAAGAAACCCUCAUAGAUCAAACUGGUGCAGACAGCACUGCCUGGGGAAGUCAUCUACUGGAAAAAACAACAGGAACCACACACGAGUUGUGAUGGUUCAGUCCAACCACAUAGGACGACUUUGAGGUGACUGGAAGAAAAUCCAAUGGGUAAAACACAACUGGACGUAUUGUAAAGACCAUUGAUUCUCAGGACUGUUUUUAAUACAAAGAAAGAAAAGAACUGGGAGAAAUACCAAAACCAUGUGAAACUACUGCCAUAAUGAUACCAUCAUUGAAAAUUGCAAUAAGGAUUAGAUAACUAUUCAACUAUUUAAUCGGAGGCUUUUUAAGAAACGUGGACUUUGUACAGAGGAGGAAUAAGAGGCAUCGUGGAGGUUGCAGCUCUGAUGCUUUUAAUGAGAGUACGGAUUCAAAUAUUCAUGAUACUGUGUUGUUGCACUUUUCUCAGCUCACCCUGUGUUUUUAAAAAUGUUGUAAUCAUGAGCUGCUACUGGAACCCUUUGUAAGGUUAAAUAGAAGGGAGGUUAACUUCAUCUCCAUGCCAGGAAGGAUAUUACACAUGCUGGUGCUUUAACUGCUGCAACUUUUCAUCCCUUACUAACCCGAUGAAUGCACAUUAACAGGAGAUUGAUUGAAAGAAAGGAAUGGGGAUACGGGACCAAGGAGCCGGCCUACAGCUUGUGUGUAUCUGUAGCUUGUCAGCUGUAGGUGUUGUUUAGGACAGCAGGUCAUCAUAUCAGAAAAGAUCGUGCUGCCUUAUUUUAUUUGUCUCCUGUCUAAAAGAGCUGAAAAAUUUGAAUACAUGUUUUAUUCAAGGAUUUUAUGAACACUGUUUUCAGUACAUAUUAUUGAGUAAAGUCCCUUAUAAAAAUCUAACUGUGGCUCAUAUUUUUUCAACUGUGUUUUGGGUAUAUGUUACAGUUUGACAUAUGGGAGCACAGAACUGUCAGUAUGUCCAGAGAAUAAUGUGUCUGAUCGACUUUACAAUGAACUUCAGAAUAUAACUUAAUAGAAAACUUUCUUGGCUCCAGGUCAGGUUGAAGCUUCCUAAAGCCAAGGAAAGGUCUGUGGUGGGCGGGGAGGUGGUGCAGCCCAAAACCAUUUUUUUGGUUUUACUGACAUUGAGGAGGAUGUGAUUAUUCUUGUGAUGUGGGCAACAGUGCUGUGCUCAUUCAAUUUGGAGUUGUUGUCUCUAAAGUGGAGCCAGAAUUGCAGUGUCAUCUGAUUAUAUGAGGAGGGAGGUUAUGGAUAAGGGGCUGGUACAUUCAUUGGUAUCUAGCAUGUAAAGAAAGGGAAAUGACCCUGCACAGUAAUGUGUAAUUUAUAAGCUUUAGGUAAUUCAUUUCUUUCUUAUUCCUUUUCUUAAAUGGUAAAUGGUCUUUUCAUCUGACACACUAUUCGUAACAAUCUUUGCAUGACACACUUUUAAGCGACAGCACUUCACUGCAGGUCCAAGGACAGGAAAAGAUAAGCUGAGCUGAAGUGCUUUCCACCACCAAAAUAUUGUUAUGUAAGUGUUGCCAAUGCAUGACUCCGUGGGAGAUAAUGUGUGACCCGACUUAAUCCCUGAUGUCCCCACUUUACUUGGCUCAUUUACCUAUCUCACAUGAUGGGUUUCCUAUGGUGAUUGAUGGUAGGUAUGAAUGUGAGCCUUACUGGAUGUUUGUCUCUUUAUGAUAGAUCUGUGAUACGCUGGCGACUUGUCCAGGGUGUACCUGCCAUGUCCCAAUAAAUGGUAUAGAUAACAGAUCUGAUGGAUACAUUUGUUUAAAUGUAAUUUCAAUUCACUUGUCUAUUUUGCUCCCUGGGAAUCUAACAGUACAGUGAAAUCAUA